CAAAGUUGUGGAGUCGCCUGUGCUCGGAGGCGGGGAGCGGCCAGCUGCUGCCGGCCGCGGGCUUUCUCCCGCCGCGGGGCGAGGAGGAGCCUCCGGGUCCCGAAGCCGAUUGGGGGAUCGCGGGGAGCGGUGCCCCCCUUCUUUUGGGUCAUUUCUGCAGACGGAAAACUCGCUAGUGUUUGGCAAACUUGGUGCCUGCGCUCCCGCUCCAGGUUCACGCUUUGACUGUUUUGUUUUUGGCGGAACUACCAGGCAGGAAGAUUGCACAAGUCAGGGGCGUUUUCAGUAGGGUGUCAGUUUUUUUUCUUUCGGAUCUUGUCUGUUUCUCCACGUUUCAUUUUUUUUUUUCACUGAACUCACAUCACACACACCCCCGAGACUACUACGACCCAAACAAGUCCCGAGCAGCCCUGGCUGGCUCGGGGCGCGGCGGCCUCGGAGAGCAGGUAUUGAUGUCAAACUGAACUCCUGUGGAAAGUUGAAAGUCUUAAAAAGAGGACUUGGAAAAGUUUUUGGAUUACACUGAAACUCAGCCAAGAUGGCCAAGUAUGGAGAACACGAAGCCAGGCCUGAUGAUGGGCAGAACGAGUUCAGUGACAUCAUCAAGUCCAGAUCUGAUGAGCACAAUGAUGUGCAGAAGAAAACCUUUACCAAAUGGAUAAAUGCUCGCUUUUCAAAGAGUGGGAAACCACCCAUCAGCGAUAUGUUCACAGACCUCAAAGAUGGAAGGAAGCUGCUGGAUCUUCUAGAAGGCCUCAUAGGAACUUCUUUGCCAAAGGAACGUGGUUCCACAAGGGUCCAUGCCUUAAAUAAUGUCAACAGAGUGCUGCAGGUUCUGCAUCAGAAUAAUGUGGACCUCGUGAACAUAGGAGGGACUGACAUUGUGGAUGGAAAUCACAAACUGACCCUGGGAUUACUUUGGAGCAUCAUUUUACACUGGCAGGUGAAGGACGUCAUGAAGGACGUCAUGUCAGACCUGCAACAGACCAACAGCGAGAAGAUUCUGCUGAGCUGGGUGCGCCAGACUACCAGGCCCUACAGCCAAGUCAACGUGCUCAACUUCACCACCAGCUGGACAGACGGACUUGCCUUUAAUGCUGUGCUCCACCGACAUAAACCUGAUCUCUUCAGCUGGGAUAAAGUUGUUAAAAUGUCUCCCAUUGAGAGACUUGAACAUGCCUUCAGCAAGGCUCAGACUUACUUGGGAAUUGAAAAGCUAUUAGAUCCUGAAGAUGUUGCUGUUCCACUUCCUGACAAGAAAUCCAUAAUUAUGUAUUUAACAUCUUUGUUUGAGGUGCUACCUCAGCAAGUCACUAUAGAUGCCAUCCGUGAGGUAGAGACGCUCCCAAGGAAAUAUAAGAAAGAAUGUGAAGAGGAAGAAGUUAACAUACAGGGGACAGCUCGAGAGGAGGAACGCAAGAGUCUGGGAGCUGAAACCUCCGGCGCUGUCACCGAGGUCGACAUGGAUCUGGACAGCUAUCAGAUAGCACUAGAGGAAGUGCUGACCUGGUUGCUGUCUGCUGAGGACACUUUCCAGGAGCAGGAUGACAUUUCUGAUGAUGUUGAAGAAGUGAAAGACCAGUUUGCAACCCACGAAGCUUUCAUGAUGGAGCUCACUGCACACCAGAGCAGUGUGGGCAGUGUCCUGCAAGCGGGCAACCAGCUGAUAAUACAAGGAACUCUGUCUGAUGAAGAGGAGUUUGAAAUCCAGGAACAAAUGACCUUGCUGAAUGCUAGAUGGGAAGCGCUUAGGGUGGAGAGUAUGGACAGACAGUCCCGGCUGCACGACGUGCUGACGGAACUGCAGAAGCGGCAGCUGCAGCGGCUCUCUGCCUGGUUAACACUCACAGAGGAGCGCAUCCAGAAGAUGGAAGCCUGCCCCCUGGACGGCGAUUUAAACGCCCUACAGAAGCUCCUAGAAGAACAUAAAAGUUUACAAAAUGAUCUUGAGGCUGAACAGGUGAAAGUAAAUUCAUUAACUCAUAUGGUGGUCAUUGUUGAUGAAAACAGUGGGGAGAGUGCCACAGCUGUUCUUGAAGAUCAGUUACAGAAACUCGGUGAGCGCUGGACUGCGGUGUGCCGUUGGACUGAAGAACGUUGGAAUAGAUUACAAGAAAUCAAUAUGCUGUGGCAGGAAUUAUUGGAAGAACAGUGUUUGUUAAAAGCUUGGUUAACUGAAAAAGAAGAAGCUUUAAAUAAAAUCCAGACAAGCAACUUCAAAGACCAAAAGGAACUGAGUGUCAGUGUUCGACGUCUGGCUAUUCUGAAGGAAGACAUGGAAAUGAAGCGUCAAACUUUGGAUCAACUGAGUGAGAUUGGCCAGGAUGUGAGUCAGUUACUUGACAGUCCCAAGGCAUCUAAGAAGAUCAACAGUGACUCAGAGGAACUGACUCAAAGAUGGGAUUCUUUGGUUCAGAGACUGGAAGAUUCCUCCAACCAGGUGACUCAGGCAGUAGCAAAGCUGGGAAUGUCUCAGAUUCCUCAGAAGGAUCUUUUGGAGACUGUUCAUGUAAGGGAACAAGUGAUUACAAAAAAGUCCAAGCAAGAACUGCCUCCUCCUCCUCCUCCAAAGAAGAGACAGAUCCACGUGGAUAUGGAAGCUAAGAAAAAGUUUGAUGCUAUCAGUUCAGAGCUGUUGAACUGGAUUUUGAAAUCAAAGACUGCCAUUCAGACCACAGAGAUAAAAGAGUACAAGAAGAUGCAAGAGACCUCAGAAGUGAGAAAGAAGCUGAAGGGAUUAGAAAAAGAACAGAUGGAAAGAACCCCCAGACUGGAUGAAUUAAAACAAACUGGACAAAUCCUUGUGGAGCAAAUGGGAAAAGAAGGUCUUCCUACUGAAGAAAUAAAAAAUGUUCUGGAGAAGGUUUUAUCAGAAUGGAAGAACGUAUCUCAGCAUUUGCAAGAUCUGGCAAGAAAGAUUCAGCUACAGGAAGAUAUAAAUGCUUAUUUUAAGCAGCUUGGUGAGCUUGAAAAAGUCAUAAAGACGAAGGAGGAGUGGGUGAAACAGGCUCCCUCUUACCGGUCUCCCCAGCAGUCCUUGACAAGUUUGAAGGAUUCCUGUCAGCGGGCAUUGACAGAUCUCCUUGGCAUCAACCCCAAAGUUGAAAUGGCACGUGAGAGCUGCUUGGCUCUGAAGUCUCGGCCUUUUGCCCCAGAUUUUAUCCAGCAAGGCUUUGAUAGAGUCCUGGGCCGUUAUCAGUCUGUACAACAGGCUUUUGCGGCUCAUCAGCAACAGCUAGAGAAUGCAGAACUGAAGAGCCAAACUGGACGUGAAUAUUUGGAAACACUGACAAUGCUGAAAGAUACGUUAAGUGAUUCAGAAAAUAAGGCCCAUACAUCUCUGAAUGUCCUUAAUGAUCUUGCCAAGGUGGAGAAGGCCCUUCAGGAGAAAAAGACCCUUGAUGAAAUUCUUGAGGAUCAAAAACCUACAUUAUGUAAACUUGCAGAAGAAACAAAGUCUUUGGUGAAAAAUGUUCCUCCUGAUGUAGCAAAGACAUACAAGCAAGAAUUUGAUGAUGUCCAAGGAAAGUGGAACAAACUAAAGGUCAUGGUUUCCAAAGAGCUACAUAUGCUUGAAGAAAUUGCUCCCAAACUCAGAACAUUUGAGGCUGAUUCAAAAGCCAUUGAGAAGUGGACGGAUGGUGUGAAAGACUUCCUAAUGAAAGAGCAGGCUGCCCAAGGAGACGCCACAGGUCUACAGAGGCAGCUAGACCAAUGCUCUGCCUUUGUCAAUGAAAUAGAAACUGUUGAAUCAUCUCUGAAAAACAUGAAAGAAAUAGAGACUAACCUUCGAAGUUGUCCAGUUGCUGGAAUCAAAGCGUGGGUGCACACGAGACUAGCUGACUGUCAGACCCAACUGGAGAAGUUUAGCAAGGAGAUUGCUAUUCAAAAAAGUAGGUUGUCUGAAAGUCAGGAAAAAGCAGUGAACCUGAAGAAAGACUUGGCGGAGAUGCAGGAGUGGAUGGCGCAGGCAGAGGAGGAGUACCUGGAGCGGGACUUUGAGUACAAGUCACCAGAGGAGCUUGAGAGUGCUGUGGAAGAAAUGAAGAGGGCAAAGGAGGAUGUGUUGCAGAAGGAGGUGAGGGUGAAGAUUCUCAAAGACAACAUCAAGUUAUUAGCUACCAAAGUGCCCUCUGGUGGCCAGGAAUUGACGUCUGAGCUGAAUGUUGUGCUGGAGAAUUACCAACUUCUUUGCAAUAGAAUUCGUGGAAAGUGCCACACUCUAGAGGAGGUCUGGUCUUGUUGGAUCGAGCUGCUUCACUAUUUGGAUCUUGAAACCAGCUGGUUAAACACUUUGGAAGAGCGCGUGAAGAGCACAGAGGCCCUGCCUGAGAAGACGGAUGCUGUCAACGAAGCCCUCGAGUCUCUGGAAUCUGUUUUGCGUCACCCAGCCGAUAAUCGUACCCAGAUCCGAGAACUUGGCCAGACUCUGAUUGAUGGUGGGAUUCUCGAUGAUAUAAUCAGUGAGAAACUGGAGGCUUUUAACAGCCGAUAUGAAGAUCUGAGCCAUCUGGCAGAGAGCAAGCAGAUUUCUUUGGAGAAGCAACUCCAGGUCCUGCGGGAAACUGAUCACAUGCUUCAAGUCCUGCAGGAGAGCUUGGGGGAGCUGGACAAACAGCUCACCACCUACCUGACAGACAGGAUAGAUGCUUUCCAAGUUCCCCAGGAAGCUCAGAAAAUCCAAGCAGAGAUCUCAGCCCAUGAGCUAACUCUUGAGGAGUUGAGAAGAAAUAUACAUCCCCAGCCCCCAGCCUCCCCCGAGGGCAGGACUGCUCGAGGAGGAAGUCAGAUGGAUGUGCUACAGAGGAAACUUCGAGAGGUAUCCACAAAGUUCCAGCUUUUCCAGAAGCCUGCUAACUUUGAGCAGCGCAUGCUGGACUGUAAGCGCGUGCUGGAUGGUGUGAAAGCAGAGCUCCACAUUCUGGAUGUGAAGGAUGCAGAGCCUGAUGUCAUCCAGACCCACCUGGACAAGUGUAUGAAACUGUACAAAACUUUGAGUGAAGUGAAACUUGAAGUCGAAACUGUGAUCAAGACAGGGAGGCACAUUGUUCAGAAGCAGCAGACGGACAACCCCAAAGAGAUGGACGAGCAGCUGACCUCCCUGAAGGUGCUUUACAAUGACCUGGGCGCCCAGGUGACAGAAGGAAAACAGGAUCUGGAAAGGGCGUCACAGUUGGCUCGGAAAAUGAAGAAAGAGGCUGCCUCCCUCUCGGGAUGGCUUUCUGCCACAGAAGCUGAGCUGGUGCAGAAGUCCACUUCGGAAGGGCUGCUCACGGACUUGGAUACAGAAAUCGCCUGGGCUAAAAAUGUUUUGAAGGAUCUGGAAAAGAAAAAAGCUGAUUUAAAUUCCAUCACCGAGAGUAGUGCUUCCCUCAAGAACUUGAUCGAGGGCAGUGAGCCUGUCUUAGAAGAGAGGCUCUGCGUCCUGAACGCCGGGUGGAGCCGCGUUCGCACUUGGACUGAGGACUGGUGCAGCACCUUGAUGAACCAUCGGAAUCAGUUGGAAAUAUUUGAUGGAAAUGUGGCCCACAUAAGUACUUGGCUUUAUCAAGCUGAAGCUCUCCUGGAUGAAAUCGAAAAGAAACCAGCAAGUAAACGGGAAGAAAUUGUGAAGCGUUUACUAUCUGAGCUGGAUGAUGCCAACCUCCAGGUGGAAAAUGUCCGUGAUCAAGCCGUUAUUUUGAUGACUGCACGUGGAAACUCAAGCAGGGAGCUUGUAGAACCAAAAUUAGCUGAACUGAAUAGGAACUUUGACAAAGUGUCUCAACAUAUCAAAGGCGCUGAAUUGCUAAUUAGUCAACAACCGUUAUCAUACCAAAGUUUGGUCACCCCUGAAACAUUUGAAGCUGGCCUGCCUUUCUCUGAUUUGGAAAAAUUAGAAAGUGACAUAGAAAAUAUGUUAAAAGUUGUGGAAAAACAUUUGGAAUCCAGUGAUGAAGAUGAAAAGACAGAUGAAGAGAGAGCCCAGAUUGAGGAAGUUCUACAAAGAGGAGAAGAAAUGUUACAUCAACCUAUGGAGGAUAAUAAAAAAGAAAAGCUCCGUCUGCAGUUAUUACUUUUGCAUACAAGAUACAACAAAAUUAAGGUAGUUCCUAUUCAACAGAGGAAAACAGGUCAGCUUGCUUCCGGAAUCCGUUCAUCACCUCUCCCUGCAGAUUACCUGGUUGAAAUUAACAGAAUUUUACUUUCCAUGGAUGAUGUUGAAUUAUCACUUAAUAUUCCAGAGCUAAACACAGCUAUCUAUGAAGACUUCUCUGCUCAGGAAGACUCUCUGAGGAAUAUCAAAGACCAACUGGACAGACUUGGAGAGCAGAUUGCAGUCAUUCAUGAAAAACAGCCAGAUGUUAUUCUUGACGCCUCUGGACCUGAAGCCAUUCAGAUCAAGGAUACUCUUACUCAGUUGAAUGCAAAUUGGGACAGACUUAAUAGAAAGUACAAUGAUCGGAAAGGUUAUUUUGACAGGGCCAUGGAAGAAUGGAGACAGUUCCAUUGUGACCUUAAUGACCUCACGCAGUGGAUAACAGAAGCUGAAGAGGUCCUGACCGAUACCUGUGCUCCAGGUGGCCGUCUAGACUUGGAGAAAGCCAGGCUCCACCAGCAGGAACUCGAAGAGGGCAUCAGUAGCCACCAGCCCAGUUUUGCAGCGCUGAAUCGAACUGGGGAUAGGAUUGUCCAGAAACUCUCUCCAACAGAUGGAAGCUUCCUGAAAGACAAGCUGGCAGGGUUAAACCAACGCUGGAGUGCCAUCAUUGCAGAAGUGAUGGAUAGGCGACCAAGAUUAAAGGGAGAGAGUAAGCAGGUGAUGGAAUAUAGAAACAGGCUGGAUGAGAUUAUCUGCUGGUUAACAAAGGCUGAGAAUGCUUUGGAAAAGAGAUCAGUUGCUGAGCUGGAAGAAAACCUACAAGAAUUAACAGACUUAACCCAAGAGAUGGAAGCACAAGGUGAAAAACUCAAAUGGCUGAACAGAGCUGAGCUGGAUAUGCUUGCAGACAAAAGUCUGAGUCUACACGAAAGAGACACAAUUUCAGAAAGCUUAAGAACUGUAAAUACUACCUGGAGUAAGAUUUGCAGAGAAGUGCCUAGCAUACCAAAGGAACGUGUCCGGGAGUCCCAUCCUGUUCCACAGACAAGGAUUGCUGCUCAUCCUGCCGUCCAAAAGGUGGUGCUAGUUUCCUCUGCGUCGGAGACUCCUGUUCUGUCUCAUCGGACUGCAGACAUUUUAAUUCCUGCUGAUCUUGAUAAAACUAUAACAGAACUAGCCGACUGGCUGGUAUUGAUCGACCAGAUGCUGAAGUCCAACAUUGUCACUGUCGGGGAUGUGGAAGAGAUCAAUAAGACCGUUUCCCGAAUGAAAAUUACAAAGGCUGAUUUAGAACAGCGCCAUCCUCAGCUAGAUUACGUUUUCACCAUGGCACAGAAUUUGAAAAAUAAAGCAUCCAGUUCAGAUGUGAGAACAGCGAUCACAGAAAAAUUGGAGAAGGUCAAGAACCAAUGGGACAGCACCCAGCAUGGGGUGGAGCUGAGGCAGCAGCAGCUGGAGGACAUGAUUGUUGACAGUCUCCAGUGGGACGACCACAAGGAAGAGACUGAGGAGCUCAUGAGAAAGUACGAGGCCCGACUCUACAUUCUGCAGCAAGCCCGAAGGGACCCACUCACCAAACAAAUUUCUGAUAACCAGAUGUUGCUUCAAGAACUGGGUCCUGGUGACGGCAUCGUCAUGGUGUUUGACAAUGUCCUGCAGAAACUGCUGGAGGAAUAUGGUAGUGACGACACAAGGAAUGUGAAAGAAACCACUGAGUACUUAAAAAUGUCAUGGAUCAAUCUAAAACAAAGUAUUGCUGACAGACAGAAUGCCUUGGAGGCUGAGCUGGGGACAGUGCAGGCCUCUCGCAGAGAUCUGGAGAACUUCCUAAAGUGGAUCCAGGAAGCUGAGACCACAGUGAACGUGCUGGCGGAUGCCUCCCAGAGGGAGAAUGCUCUUCAGGACAGUGUCUUGGCCAGGGAGCUCAAACAGCAGAUGCAGGACAUCCAGGCGGAAAUCGAUGCCCAUAAUGACAUAUUUAAAAGCAUUGAUGGAAACAGGCAAAAGAUGGUAAAAGCUUUGGGAAAUUCUGAAGAGGCAACUAUGCUUCAACAUCGACUGGAUGAUAUGAACCAAAGAUGGAACGACUUAAAGGCAAAGUCUGCCAGCAUCAGGGCCCAUUUGGAAGCCAGUGCUGAGAAGUGGAACAGGUUGCUGAUGUCUUUAGAAGAACUGAUCAAAUGGCUGAACCUGAAAGAUGAAGAGCUUAAAAAACAAAUGCCUAUCGGAGGAGAUGUUCCAGCCCUGCAGCUCCAAUAUGACCAUUGUAAAGCCCUGAGACGGGAGUUAAAGGAGAAAGAACAUUCUGUCCUGAAUGCUGUCGACCAGGCUCGAGUUUUCCUGGCUGAUCAGCCAAUUGAGGCCCCUGAAGAACCGAGAAGAAACCUGCAAUCAAAAACAGAUUUGACUCCUGAGGAGAGAGCCCAAAAGAUUGCCAAAGCCAUGCGAAAACAGUCUUCUGAAGUCAAAGAGAAGUGGGAAAGUCUAAAUGCUGUUACUAACAACUGGCAAAAGCAAGUGGACAAGGCGCUGGAGAAGCUCAGAGACCUUCAGGGAGCUAUGGACGACCUGGAUGCUGACAUGAAGGAGGCGGAGGCCGUGCGGGGGGCCUGGAAGCCAGUGGGAGACUUACUCAUCGACUCCCUGCAGGAGCACAUAGAAAAAACCAUGGCAUUUAGAGAAGAAAUUGCACCAAUCCACUUAAAAGUUAAAACAGUGAAUGAUUUAUCCAGUCAGCUGUCUCCACUUGACCUCCAUCCAUCUGUAAAGAUGUCUCGCCAGCUGGACGACCUGAAUAUGAGAUGGAAACUUCUGCAGGUUUCUGUGGACGAUCGCCUUAAACAGCUUCAGGAAGCCCAUAGAGAUUUUGGACCAUCCUCGCAGCAUUUUCUCUCCACUUCAGUCCAGCUGCCGUGGCAAAGAUCCACCUCACAUAAUAAAGUGCCCUAUUACAUCAACCAUCAAACACAGACAACCUGUUGGGAUCAUCCUAAAAUGACUGAACUCUUUCAAUCCCUUGCCGACCUGAAUAAUGUACGUUUCUCUGCCUACCGUACAGCAAUCAAAAUUCGCAGACUACAAAAGGCACUAUGCUUGGACCUCUUAGAGUUGAACACAACAAAUGAAGUUUUCAAACAGCACAAGCUAAACCAGAAUGAUCAGCUUCUCAGUGUCCCAGAUGUCAUCAAUUGUCUAACGACCACAUACGAUGGGCUAGAACAAAUGCACAGGGACCUGGUCAAUGUGCCGCUCUGCGUGGACAUGUGUCUCAACUGGCUCCUCAAUGUGUACGACACGGGUCGAACAGGAAAAAUUAGAGUGCAGAGUCUGAAGAUUGGAUUGAUGUCUCUCUCCAAAGGUCUCCUGGAGGAAAAAUACAGAUUUCUCUUCAAGGAGGUGGCGGGGCCCACGGAAAUGUGUGACCAGAGGCAGCUGGGCCUGUUGCUUCAUGAUGCCAUCCAGAUCCCCCGGCAGUUGGGAGAAGUGGCCGCUUUCGGAGGCAGUAACAUUGAGCCUAGUGUCCGCAGCUGCUUCCAACAGAAUAACAACAAGCCUGAGAUAAGCGUGAAGGAGUUUAUAGACUGGAUGCAUUUGGAACCGCAGUCCAUGGUGUGGCUGCCAGUCUUACAUCGAGUAGCAGCAGCCGAGACUGCAAAACAUCAGGCCAAAUGCAACAUCUGUAAAGAAUGUCCAAUUGUUGGAUUCAGGUAUAGAAGUCUAAAGCAUUUUAAUUACGAUGUCUGCCAGAGUUGCUUUUUUUCUGGUCGAACAGCAAAAGGUCACAAAUUGCAUUACCCAAUGGUGGAAUAUUGUAUCCCUACAACAUCUGGGGAAGAUGUACGAGACUUCACAAAGGUGCUGAAGAACAAAUUCAGGUCAAAGAAAUACUUUGCCAAACAUCCUCGGCUUGGCUACUUGCCCGUCCAGACAGUUCUUGAAGGUGACAACUUAGAGACUCCUAUCACACUCAUCAGUAUGUGGCCAGAGCACUAUGAUCCCUCUCAGUCUCCUCAGCUGUUUCAUGAUGACACUCAUUCCAGGAUAGAACAAUACGCCACACGACUGGCCCAAAUGGAAAGGACUAAUGGGUCUUUUCUCACUGAUAGCAGCUCUACUACAGGAAGCGUGGAGGACGAGCACGCCCUCAUCCAGCAGUACUGUCAGACGCUCGGAGGGGAGUCCCCGGUGAGCCAGCCGCAGAGCCCGGCUCAGAUCCUGAAGUCAGUGGAAAGGGAAGAACGCGGAGAACUGGAGCGGAUCAUCGCUGAGCUGGAGGAAGAACAAAGAAAUCUGCAGGUGGAAUAUGAGCAGCUGAAGGAGCAGCACCUGAGAAGGGGGCUCCCCGUCGGUUCACCUCCAGACUCCAUCAUAUCUCCUCACCACACGUCGGAGGAUUCAGAACUUAUAGCCGAAGCCAGACUCCUUAGGCAGCACAAAGGACGGCUGGAGGCCCGGAUGCAGAUUCUAGAAGAUCACAACAAACAGCUGGAGUCUCAGCUCCACCGCCUCCGACAGCUGCUGGAGCAGCCUGAAUCUGAUUCCCGAAUCAAUGGUGUCUCCCCCUGGGCCUUGCCCCAGAAUUCUACUCUGAGCUACCCACUGGAUCCAGACCCUGGCCCACAGUUCCACCAGGCAGCGGGAGAGGAACUGCUGGCCCCGCCGCACGACACCAGCACUGAUCUCACGGAGGUCAUGGAGCAGAUCAACAGCACGUUCCCAUCCUGCUGCCCAAAUGUCCCCAGCAGGCCACAGGCCAUGUGAAGCAUUCAUCCAGCCAAUCAACAUUUCCUGACGUCCAGUAUUGCCCUUUUCAGCAAAUGCCAAUUUCAAGUUCCAUCGAAUCAGAAGCUCCAUGGCGCCUUUGACCCCUGCUGUUGAGCACUGACCGUGCGCUCUACUGAAGGAGUAAAACACUGACUAUCCAAAGAGAAAAGGCUAUUUUGUUUUUAUAGUGACCGUAUGUUAUUGUUUUCUUCUUCCCUUUCUAUGCAACUGUAAAUUAAUGAACAGAGAGGUAUUUGGAAAUGGUAAUACAUUUGUCACUGAUUUGUAUAAUGUAUACAGCACUGGGAAGGCGGGUGGGGACUUUCUAAUACGAUAGCGUCUUUUUAAUAACAAUGACAAAAAAUUGCCUAAGAAUUAGAAGACCACUUUUCAUUUUUACAUUCCUUCUGCUGUUCAUAUUAACCAUGUACAAUAACUUCAUUUCUUUGAUUCUUUUACCAUGUUUCGUUUAUUUAUAAUUCAUCAGCCACAUAACCAAAUAGAUUUAAUGUAUUUGUUUCCAUGGUUUGGCCAAAUUAAUUCAUAUAUUUCAAUCAAAUAUUAUAUAUAUAUACAUAUAUAUGGACUAGGCUGCAGCCUUGUGUAUACUGUUUAACUUUAUUUGACAUCAGACACUUCUUUGGUGACCACUUAGAUAACCACAAUAAAAAAUCCUGUGGGCCUAAAUGGCAUUUCUAUUGGGAUUUUUUUUUUCCUGCAUUUUAUUCAAUUCUUUAUAUAAGUAGGUUUUCAUUUCUUUAUUUAUUUUAUGUCCCAAUCUCUUUGAUAGAGGAUACUGCAUUAUCAGAGAUCAUUUUACCAAAGGUUGCCAAUUUAAGCCUAUUUUCAUUUCGACAUAGAAACAAAAUUGAUAUGACCUUUCCUUGUUCCCAGGUCUUGAUUUUUGUCAUUAAAUGCACAACUGACCUUUACCUGUCGUAAUACCAGAACACGUCAUUGCCUUUAGUUGCCUUGGAAGAGAGUUUUAUUGUUGUCACGUAUUUUCAAGUCCUUUACAAUUCUUGAAACUCCUAGUUAUUUUCUUUCUGAAAGCAGACACAGAUUCGGUGCAUUUCUUAUUUGACCGCUUAACUGAACCAGCAGAGCUUGUAUUUCCCUUCCCUUGAUCAGUAUGUUUGGAAAGGAUGUUUAUCAAAAGCCUGUGUCACUGCCUCUACAGAGAGAUGGAGUUAGUGGCUUAGAUGGUGGUACCUCUGCCUUUACCUUUGAGCACAUUCAAUUAGGUAUUUGGUUCAACUUCUGAUUUAACAUUUAAUGGAUUAAGUUUAAGCGUGUUACUUAAUUACCAAAUGUAGAGAAACCAAAAAAAAAAAAAAGUGAAAAUAAUAUGUUUUGAUUGAAGCGUAUGUACUUUUAAAACAUUAAGACAUUUUAACUUUGGGUUCUCUUUAACUGGGAUCUUGCCAGAGGAGGCUUAAAGAAAUUGCUAUUCUUUUAGAAUAGGUUGGGUGGGUUGGGGGCAGGGGUGUCUGUUUGCAGCAUAGAUAUUUUGAGAAGAAGAGAAUCGUUUUAUAUACGAGGAAAGCCAUGAUCACCUUUCUACCUCAGAUCCAUCUGCAUCCAUUGUGUUGGAAAUAGCUUUACGCCACUGCAUUCUGCAAAGUAGAGCUUUUAUCAGGCCAGCUCAUAAUCAAAAAAGCACCUAUUUAAAGAAAAAAAAUUCCUUGAACUCUGAACUCCAACUUGUAGGAUUUGGUGUAUUCUUUGGUCUUACUUUGAAAAGUCACGUGUUAAUUUGUUUUCUGCCUGUAUUUGUAUGCAAAAUGUCCUCUAUCUGCUAUUAAGAAAAAGCUCCAUAAAACACUACAUUGUAUCCUUCUAAGUAAUAAUAAAUAAAAAGAAAUAUAUUGCAGUAACAACAGUGGGAAGUAAGUAUGUAAUUCUUUUGAAAUACGUGUUAAAGAACUAAUCACAGAUGAUCAUCUAAUCUGGUUACAUAUUGUAUUUUUCGUCCUGAAUAAAAGUAAUUUUAACACAA